AUGGCAGAUCCUCUGUCUUCCAACAAGAGCCAUGUGGAGGGCUGUUCUGCUUCGACAGAGCUGGAUGGCUUCUGCUACAGUAUCAAGGAGUGCCAACAGCGUGGAGGGAAACCCAACAACCGUUGUCAGGAUCUCGCCUUUGUAUGCUGCACAUUUGAACUCUCAUGUGGAGACGCGACAUCAGAACGUGUGACUUACUUCCAGUCACCCGGGUUUCCAGCCCAGUCCAUGGGCACGCUGGCCUGUGACUAUGACAUCAUUGUCCGGGAUGACACAUGUGCUGUGAGGCUCGAGUACACAAAAGUGCAGUUGGCUGGGAAGCUGGGUGGUGUCUGUGACAUUGAUCAGAUCUUCAUCCUUAACUCACUGGAUGGUCCCACAACUGGUCAGUGUGGCCCCCUCUCAGGAUACAGUACCACUAUUUCAGUUGAACCAGGCCAGAGCGAACCUAUUAAGCUGGCACUGCUGAUACAGAAUGAGGCCUAUUACCACUGGAACAUCAAAGUGAUUCAGUUGCAGUGCUCUGAUCUCAGCAACUUUAGAGGCAAGUUGUUUCCAGAAAGGUGCGGGCACAAGGAACUUGAUUCAAAAGGAACAUCUGCUUCACCGACGAUAUUUGCUUACUUCCCUUACUUGGUGAGCAUGUGGUAUGAUGUCAAAUGGCAGAAGUAUGGAUCUCAUUAUCAGGAUGUCACCACAUGGUGGAAGUUCCCAGAACCCAUUUUCAAUACUUUCUAUUAUGGCACAACAAAGAAACAUCUGCAGCAGGAGAGCUCUUACAUUCUGAAUUUGAGGAGGCAGAAAGUCCUGAAGCAGUGGGCUGAAAAACGCAUUGUGGGAGGAACAGAUGCAGAGCUUCAUGAGUUUCCAUGGCAAGUUGCCAUUUUUCUUGACGACCUAUUCUUCUGUGGCGGUGCACUAAUUAAUGAUCAGUUUGUUCUGACAGCUGCACAUUGCCUUAUGACACGAGACACUCCCAUUGAGGACCUGGUUGUACAGCUUGGUGAUCAUGACUUGACAUCGCCCAAUGAAACGGAUCAUGUAACACGUGGAGUAGAGGCUGUGCUGUUCCAUUCACAUUUCCAUCCAUUCUUACUGACCAAUGACAUCGCUCUCCUACACCUAGAUGAACCGGUGGCAUUCUCACGUAGCAUACAACCUGUGUGCCUUCCAGAUCCAGGCGAGAUGUACACUGGGAGACGCAGUGAAGUUGUUGGGUGGGGCAUCACUGCUUUUCCGAUGGGUGAGCCUAGUCCAGUGCUGCAGAAACUGGAGGUAGACACAUUGUCCAACUAUCAGUGUUCACGGAUCAUAGAGGAACCAAUUGGACUUGGAAUGCUUUGUGCUGCUCCUUCUUCCUUACAGGGAACCUGCUUUGGGGACAGUGGCGGACCACUAACCACUGAAGACCCAGAUGGAAGUCAUGUGCUAAUUGGAGUAGUCAGUUUUGGUGUGACAGGGUGUGCUGUGAUACCAGCCUUUCCAGAUCUUUAUACGAGAGUCUCCGAGUACCUGAAGUGGAUUGCUGUCAGUGCUGUCACAUAGUUUAUACAUACAUUUUUCGUUGUCUUCGAACAAUAUACUGGUUUUAUUUGUAUGAAGGGCAGUCAUUUUCAUUGAUGGUUGUGCCACAGUAUACACCAGACUGUAAACUGUAAGGGGAUAUGAAUAGAAAUGAGUGGAAAUGUGUACAGUAAUCCCUAGCCAAGUGCAUAUUUCAAGUAACCACGACAUCUGGUUCUGUGUAUUUAUCGUUUCUAAAUUUUGUGCAUACAAAAUAUAUUGGUGCGUUCUGCACCAAGAGGUGCACAUUUGUUGGGAUAAAAUUUGGAAUACAGUGGUGAAUGACGACUGUAGUUUACAGUCCAUCCCUAGCGAGGUGCAGCACAUGAUGGAUGAUGCACAAAACUUAGAAUGUGAGAGACUGAUUUGAAGAGCUGUUUCAACCUCAUAUGGAGUAGUCUGAGGAGAUGAUAGUCCUCAAAUGAUGGGAAUGAAGUUGAGGAUGUGGUGUGAAAAUCCAAAAAGAUCUUUGAUAUUAGCUGGACAAUUCCAAUUGUUUUCAUUCUCACCAGUCACUUUGUGGGUUGCAGCCUUCCCUUCAGUGAAAGUUUGAUGGAAUUAAUGCAGCUCUACAGUGAAUUUCACAGGGAUCUACAGCCCCAAUUAGGGAGGGGGUGACCAUUCAUCCUAAGUUUUAUCAAGAGAAAUUCCCUCCAGUGAUGCUCAACCUCUGGCCACUGCCGUUAGCACUUCACAGUUCUGACAUCAUUUCACAACUCAACUCCUUGUACUGGUCAGAGACUGCUAAACCGUAUGAAUGUUAGGUGCAGGACGAGGUGAGCAGAGCCAUCACAAGUAAGAUAGGCAUCAUGGACUACACUAACGUCUCGAAAGUUAACAAUAAAACUUCUGUUGGAGUUGCUACAGUACCUAUGAUCUAUAAGAUUGUGAUGAUGGUAUAUUAAUACAAUUAUUGUGUUUCUGGAAGUUAUUUGUCAUCCUGUUUUUAUUUAAGAUGGACAACGUUUCAUGGACUCGAAUCUGUCUCCAUCAUCAGGUUGAACUUAACUCAGUUGGGCCCAAUCAAAAGAGCUUGCCCUGUCUCCGGACAUAACAUGAGGUAAUAAAUAAAGCACAGAACAGA